AAAAAGAGGAGAAUAUUAGUUUAACAAAAUCUUUCCUUAAAAGUGAAGUCAAUUACAAUAAUCUUUAUAUCAAAUGUAAAAUAAGUCAAAAAUGUACAAAAAUAUUCAAUCAAUGAAAUUUUCUUUCCAUAAAACACGAGGAUCUUGCUAAGGAAGGAAAAUUAUGCUCUCAAGUCAUUUAUAGAGAAAUUAAGUCAAUUAAGACGGUGUAAACAAUAUCAGUUAACUACAAUCAUAUGUAAUAAUUUUUCAAGUAAACAACUAUAACAACAAUCAACAUCAACAUAUUCAGAAUAUGACGAAAUAAUAACGAUGAUGAAUGUGACAAAUGUGGUCAUGUUCGAAACUUUUAAUUCUUCGUCAUGCAAAAGUAGGUCUAAUCGUAGUUCGUAAAAUUUAAGGCUUCUAACAUAUGAUAAUCCAAGAAAGUUAACAAACUCAAGUUGCAAUAAAUCAGAUAAAAAAUCAAACAAAUUUCAUCAAUUUUCAAAUCACAGAAUCUGUCUUAAAGAAAAAUAAAAAAGGGGAUAGAAGAUGGAAUUAAUCCAAGAAAUCAUACCUGGGGCAGAUUCUUAUGAAUCUGUCAACAUUUUUGACAAGACUUAAUCGGAUCAAGCGGCGACGAGGUGGCAGUGGUGAUUUGGACUUAUGUCUAUGGGACGGAUCACCGAUGUACGCUUGUCAGUAUCGUCACUGGGUGCUGGUUCACUAUUGUUUUUAUUUGAUCGAAGGAGAGAUAAUAUGGAGAAGGAAUAGUGGAGCGAUGGUUGGAGGAAUGGUUUGGUUCAACUGUUUAAUCGACAGUAAUGAUGGUCUCACCGAUGAUGGCUUAGACCAAUGGGAAGAGAAAGAAAAUGGGGAGAGAGGGAAAAGUUGUAAUUUUGAGGGAGAGGGGGGGGGGGAGAUACAGGUGAAGCUCACAGCAAUAGUGAGUGGAGUUGGUGGAAGUGGAAAUCCAAUAGGGAAUGCGAUUAUCAAUGAAAUAAUAGUUAGGAGUUUAGUGACUUUGAAAUGGGUAGCUGAAAGUUCGACACUAGGGCUAAGAAAGACGGUAGGCAGUGGUAGUAAGCUUAUUGAUGCUUGUGGUAGCUCCAAUCCCCAUAGCAAUAUGGGAGAUCAUGAAUUGAGGGGUUGUGAACCAGGUAGACCUAACUCAAAGCAAGGAAUAGAGAAGAAGCAUUCAAAAACUCCAAUUGUAAAGGAAAAUGUGCAGGAAUGGUUAAAUAUUACUUCAACGUCAUUCUCAUUGGCUGAUGAAGUGGAAAAUAUGUCGGACAAAGCUCAACAAACAAAGGAUUAGGGAUGAAAGUGGAGGUUCUUAAGGCUUUGGUUUGGGAUAAAUUUGAUAUCAGUAAAGUGAUGAAUACUGGAUUUAAACUUGAAUAUGUUCCCCCAUUUAAAUCAGGUGAGGGUUUGAUGGUUGAAAUUGAUAACAAAGAUACCACUACUGAGAUAGAGUACUGAAAGAAUGCAAUAGUGUGCUACAUAAUUGGUGCACAUCCACCAUUCAAUGUACUGAAAGGGUAUAUUCAAAGAAAAUGGGGGAGUCUUGGUAUAAGUAAAGUACCUAUAAUGAAGAAUGGAAUAAUCCUGGUAAGAUUAAACACAACUGAAGGUAAAGAGGAGGACCUGCAGGGAGGCAUACACCAUUUUGACAAUAAGCCUUUAAUUGUAAAGGCAUGGGCACCAGAGGUGUACUUCUCAAAAUAAGAAUUAUUCUCUGUGCCUUUAUGGAUCAAGAUGCCUGGCUUGGAAUUCAAGUACUAGAGUGCAAAGAGUCUGAGCAAGAUUGGAAAUCUAGUUAUCAAACCUCUCAUGGUGGAUACUAACACUAUAAAAAAGAUGGGACUAAGCUCUGCCGGAUAAUGUCCAUUUUAGGAAUGAGAAGGGCCAAAUUAUUUAGCAACAAACCACUUAUAAUUGAAAACCACCAAUAUAUAGAAAAUGCCAGAAGUAUGGUCACAGUGCUGAAGUAUGCAGGAAGAAUAAAGCAAAUGAGGUUGAUUUCACAAAUGUUGAACCAAAUGGAACAGGGGCAUAGGUAGAUGUCAAAAAUGAUGAACCAAAUGGAGCAGGGGAAAAGGUAGAUGGGAAACCAAAUUAGAAUCCUAAAUCCUCACAAGUCACAGUGGUCAAGCACAGUGAUGGCAUACAAACUAUGGAAAGUAGUCAAACUACUGGUAAACAACUAUUGACUUUCUCAAAUAGUUUCCAAUAGCUAGGGAAAAGUACUCAACAAGACCUACAAACCACUAAAGCUGGUAUUGGGGGAAAGAAUAUUUCCCCAAGUGGUCAUGGUUAGAUUGUUAUAUGGAAUACAAGAGGCCUAAAUGGCCUCAAUAAGCAGAAGAAGGUGAAGCUCCUCUACUGUAGUCUACGGAUAGGAAUGGUUUAUUUCAUGGAAACUAGAAUAAAACUUAAUAAAUUGAAGAGCAUAGAUGACAACAUGUUUGGUGGCUGGACUUAUUAUAGUAAUCAUGAGAUUUACAAUGGAAGAAUUGUUAUUAUAUGGAGGGAAGACUGGUUUAAGGUAGAGGUGAAAUUAGCUUGUGCACAGGUAGUAACUUGCUCAAUUAAGUACAUUCCCCUUCACCUGGAAUUUGAUGUCACCUUUGUAUAUAAUUUUAACCUGAAGGAUGAGAGAAUGACACUAUGGGAGUAUCCGGGGAGACAUAAAUAAGGUUGCACUUCUCCAUGGAUGAUCUUAGGGAAUUUUAAUUCUAUCCUGCAUAAGAAAGAUAAACUGGGUGGAACUAAUGUGUUAUAUACUGAAGUAGCUGACUUCCAGCAAUUCAUAAAAGACCAUCAAGUAGACAAAAUGCCUAGUACAGGGGAUAAAUAUACAAGGAGUGAUAGACAAGAAGAUAGAAUAUUCUCUAAACUAGAUUGGGUCUUUAUCAAUGGUAAGUGGGUAGAUAACAUACCAGAGAUUAAAAGUUACAUACUAUCAGAGGGAUGUGAGCGAUCACUAUCCACUUCUGAUUAAGAUGGUGGAAGAAGAUAAGAGAUCAAGGGCAGCAUUCAAGUAUUACAAUGUCUGGGCUGCUCAUCAAUUCUUUUUGUCUUUAUUUUAGGAAGCCUGGAGCAUACAAGUUGAGGGAAUCCAAAUGUACAAGGUGAUGCAGAAAUUAAAAGCCCUAAAGGAUGGGUUAGUGAGGCUAUAUAAACAUGAUUUCCAGAAUUUAAUGGAGAAGGUAUACAAAGCUAGCUAUGAACUCAAAAUAAUUCAGGUUCAACUAUAAUCCUCUCCAAUGGAUAGAAACAUGCAAUAAGAGGAAAAUAGAAUCAGACAACAAUUUCAAAAGACCUCUUAUCUAGCAGAUAUUAUGUUUAUGCAAAGAUAUAAAUCCACGUGGUUGAGAUUAGGGGAUGACAACACAUAAUACUUCUUCUCAGUACUAAAGAGGAGGAAGCUUCAACAAUCCAUCACUCAACUCAAAGAUGAAUCAAAUCAGAGGCAACAUGACUAAGAAAUUGGUGCUGGUAUGGACAUUGGAUUCUUCAGAACGUGAUGCUCAUUUGGCUAAGGAAGCUACUAAGAGAUGGACAAAAAACAACUUCAUUCUUGUGGAGAUAUCUUGUACCAAAUCUCCAUUUUCAUAAAUUGAAGUGAAAAUGAACGAUCUUAUGACAAAAUCAUUCUUUAGUUAUGUGGAAUUGAAGAAGCAAUCCCAUUUGGAUCUUGACACUGAGAGGGAUUUGGAGAUGGGCCAACUCAGCAGCACUGAUGUAGACAAUCUUUCCAACUUCUUCCAUGAAAUCAAGGCAGUGAAGGCCGGUGAUAUUGAAGAGAUUACUAAUCUCUUGAUUGAUCUUUAAAAUCUGAAUGAAGAGACAAACACUACUCAUGGUCUGAAAGUUCUUCGUGGCCUUAGAGAUCGAAUGGAUUCUGACAUGGUCUUUGUCCUUUUGGGGGUAAUAAUGUCAUUUAACAAACUAAUACAUGUGUUAAAAGUCUUGCAUCACUAAUACAUGAAAAAUGGUAUGUAUUACUAAUACACACCUCAGUACAUAAUAGAGUGUAUAAUUAGUACAAUUAUUACUUAUGCAUAGUCUAAAAAAUGAUACCAAACAAGGUACUACUAA